AUGGCCGCCACUGAAGAACCGGUUGUCCUCGUCGAGCCUGUGGCCGAGUCGGCCGCUGCAGAACCAGCCGUUGAAGAGAAUCCACCGGCCAAUUCUACCAAGUCCAAGAAAGAACCCAAGCCGAAGAAACCUGCUGCACCCAAAAAGCGCAACUCUCCAUCUCAUCCUCCUUACUUUGAGAUGAUUCAAGAGGCGAUCGUGUCGUUGAAGGAGAGAACUGGAUCCAGUCAAUAUGCAAUUCAGAAAUUUGUUGAGGACAAGCAUAAGAGUCUGCCGGCUAACUUUAUGAAGCUUUUGCUGUUUCACUUGAAGAAGCUUGUGGCUUCUGAAAAGCUGGUUAAGGUCAAGAACUCAUACAAGCUUCCCCCGGCUCGUUCGCCUGUUUCCAAAUCUGCUGCUCCUGCUAAGAAGAAGCCGGCUCCUGCUGCCAAGCCCAAGGCCGCCGCCAGCAAAACCACUAAGGAGAAGAAGGCACCUCCUUCCAAAGCGAAAUCCAAGCCAAAGGCAGCCGCUGCCAAGGCUAAGCCAGCUGCCAAGGCUAAACCAGCUCCCAAGGCUAAGCCAGCUGCCAAAUCCAAGCCAGCUGCAAAGCCUAAGGCGGCUGAAUCGGCUAAGUCAAAGCCAGCCCCCAAAAGGAAGGCCGCAGAAAAACCCAAAGCGGAAAAGAAGCCGCUUGCGAAGGCAGCAAGGACAUCAACAAGGACAACUCCGGGGAAGAAGGUGGCUCCGGCGCCCCCAAAGAAAACAGCAACUCCUAAGAAGGCGGCUCCUGCAACAAGGAAGGCCCCAACAGUGAGGAAGGCUCCGGCUAAGGGCACGAAGCGAACUGUGAAGUCUUCGGCGAAGAAAGCAGCCCCUGCAAAGAAGGGGAAGAAGUGA